UGUUAACAAGCAACAGUUAGUAAAUCAACAGGUUCCCCAGCCUGAGAGAGAGAGAGAGAGAGGCGGAGCCGACAAUAUCUGAGCAGAAGGGCGUGUUUCGAGUGUAGGCGGACGUUUGUUUUUUUUCCGGUAAUGAGAGGUUGGAGGGAGCUUGGAAAGUGUUUCAAACGCGACUCCAACCAGAAAUUAGGGAUGUUCCCAGCGCAGGGGGGAUCGGAGCAUUAAAGGCAAGACUGGGACGGCUGAGAACGCCUUUUGUAUGUGCUGAGGAGUGGCGGUGUGGGAGGGCAAGGGCUGCUUUUUUUGUUGUUUUAUUUUAUUUGUUGAUCGGAGAAGUUUGAAGUGGAAGCUAGGUGUGCCCGACAGAAACCUGCUGGGGCUGUUGGAGUGGAGUUAGCCGGCUAGCAAACAUGACAGCCAAUGCCGCGGAAGGCAAGAGGUUCACACCGAGAGGGAGCAUCUCGUUCUCCGAGCGGCGAGCUUCUGUGUCCUCGGAGGUUCUGUACAAUGAGUUGAGGGAAAGCUCAGUCAAACCCCUGGUGCCAGGUUUGAUGGACCUGCUGACGCAAUUCGCCAAGGCUUUUGGCUAUCUCUUCCCCGUCUACCUGACUGGCUAUUUCGGAUUGAGCCUCACCUGGAUCGCCUUCGGGCUCAUCGUGUGGAUCGGGUGGAAGAGGAACAGAGGCUGGAAAUUUGCACGUUGGCAAACAGCAUUGCAGUUGUUGGAAGAUGAAAAGUUUGCGAUUACCAAUGAGAUUAAGCAAGAUCUUCCAGCCUGGGUUCAUUUUCCAGAUAUUGAAAGAGUUGAAUGGUUGAACAGGGUAAGCAGAUUAACACUUGAGAUAUAA